AAUACGCUGGAUUAAAUUGUAUCCGUCAUGGCUUCGUAUCAAUAUUUAAUUUAUUUUGUGCUUUUUAUUACUUUUCAUAGUUCUACAAGCGACAGCAUAGAUGACAACAGAGAUGAUGAUUCUGGAGAAGAUUCCAUGGAAAUACCUACCGACUUACCUGAAAGUAAUAAUACUAUUACAUGCGCCAGAAAACAAAAUAGCUUAAUGCAUGAAAUAUUACAAGCUAACCCAAAGCAAUUUCCAUUUGUGGUUGCAUUAAUGUCGCAAAGAAAUGAAUACAUAUGCACCGGAUCAAUAAUCGCAAAUGGUAUGAUACUUACAGCUGCUGAAUGCACGUCAACAGUUAGUCAUGUUUUAUUAAAUACAACGAUGGACAAGAAAGAUGAAACGAACGUGCAACUUCAUGUUAUUAAAACUGACAGUUUUCCAACGUACACUGGACCUGAUUCUCCAAAGAAUGUGGCUAUAUUGUACACUGAGAAACAUAACAAUACUUUAGCUUCGAAAAUUCGUAUUAGCAACUUUACUAAUCCACAGAAAAUUAGUGAGAUGGAAGCGAUAGGAUUUGGCCUAAACUCAGAGGUUGGCCAUUCAAGACCUUUACAGUAUGUUGGAGUCGAAAGGAGAAGUGCAAAAGGGGACAUAAUGCAUGGGUACCUCGAUUGUAUUGAAACAAAGAUCUUGACAUGUUUUAAAGAUAUUGGCGGCCCUGUUAUUUUCGAUAAUGAACUCAUUGGAAUCAUAACCAGAGGCCAAAAUGACUGUACCAAAGAGAUUAUGCCCAACUAUGCAAUUAAUAAGCGCUUAGUUGACGUAUUGCCAACUUUCACAUUUAAAUCUUGGCUAGAUGAACAAAUUGCUAAGAACCAGGAACAGGUGAAAGAGCCAUUAGAAGUCUAUCCAACGAAGCUCGUUUUUAGGGAACCAGUAUUACGCGUAUUAAAAAGUAAAGCUAAUGUUGUGAAGGAUUUUCUCACGAUUUCGAUAGUCUUAACUAAAUAUUUAUUUUCUUAAAAUUUGAGUGUGAUUUUUAUCCAUUUUGUUUUGAUUAAAUGCUAUUUUUUCUCACAAUUCUA